AUGAGCAGAGCUGUCCUGCGCUGCAUCGCGUCCAAGCCCAGCCUGCUCCCCUCCGGCGCCCGCCGCUGUAUCCCUGUUGCCCCUCGUCCUCACCACCAUCACCGCUUUCCUCUUCCCCGGGUCUUUUCGUCAUCGACCGCCCGCGCCAUGGCCGCCUCGUACACGUCCAGCCCCGUGCUCAAGACGCCCCGCGUCACCGUCGCCUGCGUGCAGCUGUCCUCGGGCCCCGACAAGGCCGCCAACCUCGACCGCGCCGCGACCCAGGUCGCCCGUGCCGCGACGUCCACCGGCGCCCAGAUUGUCGUGCUCCCCGAGUGCUUCAACUCGCCCUACGGCACCGGCUUCUUCCCCGCCUACGCCGAGGUGCUGCAGCCCUCGCCGCCGCCGCCCUCGCAGGCCCCGUCGUUUCACGCCCUCGCCGCCAUGGCCCGCGACAACCGCGUGUGCCUCGUCGGCGGCUCCAUCCCCGAGCUCGACCCCGCGACCGGCCGCCACUACAACACGAGUCUCGUCUUUGGGCCCGACGGCGCGCUGCUCGCGACGCACCGCAAGGUGCACCUCUUUGACAUUGACAUUCCGGGCAAGAUUACGUUCAAGGAAUCCGAGGUGCUCACCGCCGGCGACCGCCUCACCCUCGUGGAGCUGCCGGGGUACGGUACCAUCGCCGUCGCCAUCUGCUACGACGUGCGCUUCCCGGAGCUGGCGACCGUCGCGGCGCGCAAGGGCGCGUUUGCGCUCAUCUACCCGGGCGCCUUCAACUUGACGACGGGCCCGCUGCACUGGGAGCUGCUGGCGCGCGCUCGCGCCGUGGACAACCAGUUGUACGUGGUCAUGUGUAGCCCCGCGCGCGACAUGGACGCCAGUUACCACGCCUGGGGUCACUCCAUGAUCGUGAGCCCCAUGGCCAAGGUGCUGGCCGAGGCGCACGAGGACGAGACGGUGGUGAGUGCCGAGCUGGUGAGCGACGAGAUUGAGGAGGCGCGGAGGAACAUCCCCCUGCGCACGCAACGACGGUUUGACGUGUAUCCCGACGUAGCACAGGGGAAGCAGUAG